GGUCUGCCAUGUAGAGUAACAGGCAGUUCCGAAUACAUGUUGGAUGAGUUUCACAGACCCUGGACACCCAUAAAGUUUGAGUGAGAACACACUGAGAAGAAGCAUUACAGCCCUGACUGCAGGACCAUGGAGGGUCUUUCUAUGGAGGCCAGUGCUUCUGCAGCUCUGCUGAUGGCAUCCUGUCUGCUGGCACUGUCUGAGCCCAGCUGUAAUCAGACCCAGUUUCUGCACUCUAAUGGCAGUUGUGCUGACUGUCCUGUCUGUGGACCUGGGGAGCAGCUAACAGACGACUGUGGUUAUGGGGAUGGGGGAGAGGGUAGCCGCUGUGUGGCGUGUGCAGAGGGGCAGUUCAGUACUGAGACUGGGUUGGCCCCCUGCUGGCAGUGCACUCGUUGUAUUCUGCUAAACCGCCAGGAGAGAGCAGUGUGCUCACCCAUCAACAAUGCCCAGUGUGGCAACUGCCUCCCAGGGUAUUAUAAGCUCAGAAGUAGGAGUGGGGAGGUGGACCUGUCGUGCAUGCCCUGUUACAGCCCAACAGGCAAGAUCCGGAAAGAGUGUUUACCUUUGCAGUGGAAACACACCUCCACAGCAGUGACGCUGAAUAAGGUCCAAGUCUCCAUGGCUCUUAUUGGUUCAGUGACUUCCGCCUCAAUCUUCCUACUGCUUCUGUUGCUUUGGGCCUUACUACUGAUCAUUGAGAGAUUCGAACAGGUUCCAAAGUAUUGUCCUGAAGGUCUACAUUUUGAAGUAGGCACAGCCUUCCCACGGAAUACACUCCUCUCUAACACCACAGAGACUGGAGCGAUACCAUCAAUUACCCCACCAGAGAGUCCUGGACCAACCCAGGACGCCCACCACAGAUGCCUAAGCUCACUGAGCCGUGAAGGUGAAGUGCAUCCCACCUCUAUUGUCAUCAAUGUCACCACCAACAUCAAGCCAUCCCUUCAACAUGGAGGUGAAGACGGCCCCUGGGAGGGUCAGAGAGGACACUGUCACACACCAGAGGAGAUGGAACAAAAACUGUUGGAAAUCUGCACAGUUUCUCAAGGUCAGAGUCUGGAGGAGCUAAACUAUGACACAGUCCAGGACCUGUCUCUGCUGCUGGACUCAGGGGGCUGUGGCCGGGGCAGCGGGGUGAGAAGGCUGGGCUAUUCCCUGGGUGUCACCCCGGAGGUCCUUUCUAACCUCCAUGGCUUCCAGGAUCUCUUCCAGUACCUGCGCACCUCCACCUACAUCCUACUGCCCCAACUGGCCCAGGCCGCCGCCCUCCUGCCCCGCCCUGACGUUGUUGCUAGGAUACACCGUGGUCUGGUGGCCAAUCACACAGAGAUAUCCAGGCCCUAGGGACAUGUUGCCAAUCCCAUCUUGGCCUGUGUGACAUACAGUGCAUUCGGAAAGUAUUCAGACCCUUGACUUUUUCCACAUUUUGUUACGCUACAGCCUUAUUCAUCAAUCUACACACAAUACCCAAUAAUGACAAAGCAAAAACAGGUUUUUAGAAAUGUUUGAAAAUGAAUUUCUGAAUGUAUUCUAACACCAUGACAUGAAGUCUCAGCAUGGUAUGUCACACCAUGGUUUGAAAUUAUACUCUUGGAUAAUGCACUAGUUCUGCAAUUCAUUGUUAAAAAGAGGGACUGACGGCUUGUUAAAUGGUACCAAUUAUGUCAAUGUUGGUUUAAUCAAGUGAACCGGAGCAAAAUUUGACAGUUUGAAAUGUGAUUUAUUUUGGGCUAUAAACUGCUAUUACUUGUACACAUUUGGUUAAAUUAACCCAUUGAAUGUAUAACAAUUACAUAUGAAAUACUGCUGAACUCC